AUGUACAUAUAUAUCGCACACCUACUUAGAUCUAAAGUAAGCUAACUCCAAAUUCAGAGUGGGAAAUAUAACUGCUUGGGGACCACACAGAUUCAACGCAAUUAAUACAAAAACAGUUGAAAAGUUCACAAGCAAUGUCCAGUCCACCAAAAACUGCAACCGUCAUUGCAGACUGUCAAGGCAGUGAUUCCAAUUCGCCGACCAUUGAAGUAUCCAACACAAAUGGACACGCGUCCACGUGCUCCGAGCGCAGCGAUGGACUCUUCAUGAAAAUGCGGCAAAAUUCAGUGACAUCCAUCGAUAAGCCGGACGCACCGCAAGUGCAGCCGUUAGCCACUAUUGAGGUACCGCCUAUUAAACGCAAUAUUAGCGAAGGCAAUCUGCUGCCAAGUGAGGUGAAAGAGGCGCGAGUGCGUGUCAUCUAUACGGGUGGCACAAUCGGCAUGGUGCGGAAUGAGAAUAAUGUUCUAGCGCCCAUUCCAAAUGCUUUGGUGAAAACGCUACGCAGAUAUCCCAACAUACACGAUGAGAACUAUGCGCAGCUACGCUUCGGCUCGGCAGCUUCAAUGGGUCCGCUCGUAUUGCCAUUUGUACAAGGCGAGAAACGACGCGUCAUCUACCAAGUUACCGAAUAUAGUCAGCUCUUAGAUUCUAGUAAUAUGACCAUGCAGGAUUGGGCGCGCAUUGCCAAGGAUAUACAUAUUAUCAACCUAAAAGCGUACGGUGCUGAUCUCUCUUGCGUGAAUCACGAUCAUCGUACAGCGCUCCAUCUCGCCUGCAAUCAGGGCAAUUUUGCUGUUGUCAAUCAUUUACUAAUGAAUGGCGUAUCAGUGCACAUACGUGAUCAUUACGACCGCACUCCACUCUUAGAAGCAAUCGCAGGCGAUCAUCACGACAUUAUACAGAUACUUAUCAACUGUGGUGCCCAUCUUACGGGUUCAUCACGCGCCAUCGGUGAGCAGUUGUGUGCUGCUGCUGCACGUGGCGCCCUAUUGCGACUAAAGUCUUAUCAACUCGCUGGUGCUGAUUUGGCGCAACCUGAUCCCUCUGGUCGCACAGCGCUGCAUUUGGCCGCUUUACAUGGUCAUGCGGAAUUGGUGCGCUUCCUGUUGGAUAUUUUUGAUAACCCAAAGGUAAAAGAUAUGCUAGAUCUUACACCAUUGGACUAUGCUGUCAAAGGAGGUCAGCAGGAGAUUAUACAAAUGCUGGGCGGUCGAGCGACAACGCCAGAAGUAAAUGGGGGAAGAAUGUAAAAAUUUAGCUGUAUAUUGUUUACUUAUUUGUAUUUAAUCACGAAAAAUGGCUGUAAUUCAAAUUAAACGAUAUUCGCGAAAGGCGAAUGUCCUUAAAAACAUGUAAAUACAUUACAAACGCUUUGCACUUAUUUACGUAGCCUUGUAUUAGCUCUAAAAUAUGAGAGCGUUGAAAAUUUUAAAUAAAUUUUAUAGAAAACGAACCAAUUAAAAAGUAAUGUAGAAAAUUUUUUAAAUUAAAUUCAUCCAAUUUAGUUUGCAGGUUGUAAUUUUCAGAGCUUUUUCCAAGAUUUGUAUAAGUUUAAAAUAUAAAUUAUCCGCAGAAAACGCAAUAUACCAAUAUUAAUCAUACAUGAAUUUUCGAGAAAAGGAAUUGGAUACCUGUACUUAAUUUGUAAACACAAAUGUACCUAUGUAUGUAUAUGUAUGCAUAUUCCUCAUUUUAUCUACUACUGAUACAUACUUAAGUCCAUACAUAUGUUUAAUGUAUGUAUUUGUUAAUAAACUACUAGUUGUUGUAAAAAA